AUAAUUUAUAUCAUAGACGACGGCAACGACGAAUACAAGGCGAGCUACGACAUUUGAAGUAUCUACGAAGAAAAAAGGAAUUUCUGUGCCGUGUCCCGUGCGAAAUUUUCGGAAAAUAUCGCGUUUUCUCAGCGAUCGAGUGUGUCGGGUGAUACGUAAAUCGCUUGCCGGUUCGAUGUGUUUCGUGUUUUGUGCGUUUUCCGGCAACCGCAGAGUGUAAACGGCGAAGUUCAUUGAACUGCUUUUUCGUUGUCCCUUAUCAGAAGGAAAAAAGGGAUUUCGCGAUUUGUGGCGAUUGUGGGAGCUCAGAAAUAGUCCUGAAAGGGUUGAAAGGAAUCGUUUUCCCUAGUGCUUGCUGAUCGGCCGUUGAGGCGACGAUCCGUGGUCGAUUUACGUCCGGCGCGCUUCCAGGAACGAUCCGGCCAGUGCUCCGGGAGGACUCAGCAGCGAAAUCCGAGCCUGCUCGCGACAUUCCGGGCUCUGACUCGACGGACUUCUCAGAUAUUUGCGCGGUCGCUGCCUUGUGUUUGACAAUCGGAGCCGCGCUCGAAUUCGCAUCCGCAACAGAAGUCGAUGACCAGCUCGCGGCCGGACAAGUAAAGCGGGCGAGUCGGCCAACUUGAGAACAGUUUUCCUUGCUUCGGAGCUUUUCGACAAAAAAGGAAGCUUCGCGAAGCCCUCGAUCGGGAUAUAACGGUGUUCACGACAGCGCCAGACGCGCUCCAAUUGGAUUAUAAAACAAGCGUCUGCCGGUCCGCACGACCCUUUUCGCUUCUCGCCCGCACGGAGGACAAGUGCCUCGCUCGAAACUUCCUGGAAACGACCGCCCAGAGGACACGCGACAGAGCGCAGCCAGUGAAGGAGGACCGAGACCGCCGGGAACGAGAACUGAUCUUCGGUUCGCGGCCAUUCACUAGCAGAAUUUGGUGGAAUGUUAAAUGCGGCAUUUGCCCAUCGCAGAUUGAAUGUUGCUUGUUUCAUACGGCUCAAGUUAUUGUUCAGUUAGGUUAUGGCAAAUUUAAAUUUCCAGCAACCUCCAAGAAGUAUAGCAAGCGGCACCCUAUCAGCUCGAAGUUCGGCAGGUUUUGGUGGCAGCUCACUAUCCGGUCAUGCAACACCACCGACUGGAAUGUCAGGAAUGUUUCCACCUGAAAAUCUAUUUUUCUUAGGCGGUGGAAACUAUGGCCAAACGCAACAGCAAUUGUCACCGAAUCGAAAUGCCCAAUUGUCGGUGGGCGGAGCCGGGGGUGGUGGUAUGCAACAGCUGCAAAGCGGAGCCCGAGGUGGAAACAUUUUCGGUCAACGAUCGUUUGCGGACCGACGAAUGCCUGGCGGUGGACUGGCAGGCAAUUCGAUGUCGAACAUGGGAUCUUUCAUGCAAUCAGGUCGUGGAGGAUACGGGUCUGGCAGCGGGGUGGGUGGCGGUAGUUCUCUUAAUAAUUUCCAUUCGGUGUUUGGUGGAACUGCGGGUGAAUCUGCGACGCCAACAUUUCUUGAUCUCUCCGAAUUCCCGUCAUUGAAUGCUCGCGGCCAGAAUGACCAAUCACUGCCUCAGACAAAUCCUUUGCAGCCACCUGGAAGUAAACCUUAUGGUAAUUUUUUCAUCUCUUUGGGGAUGGUGAAACAACCCACGUCCGAGCAAUCGGAGUUUACAAUGUCAAAUGAGGACUUCCCCGCGCUCCCUGGUACCCAAAAUACGGAUGGCACGACGACAACAAGUGGCCUUGCGGGUAGCAUAGAAAGUUCGGAAAAAGGGUCGGUGAAUGUGUCGAGUAACAACAUCGGUGGCAUAGAGAUCCAGAAUGACUCGAUAUCAAGUAACGACAAAGCUGUUAAACGAGGCGUCCAAACGUCAUCGGAUGGUAAAGUCACAAAUAUACCCGCUAGUAUGGUUAAUAACCAGUUCGGUAUGAUUGGACUGUUAACAUUCAUUCGAGCAGCGGAAUCAGAUCCGAACUUAGUUACAUUAGCGAUGGGACAAGAUCUGACUGGUUUAGGCUUAAAUUUAAAUUCACAAGAAAAUUUACAUCCAACAUUCGCUGGACCGUUUGCAGAUCAACCUUGCAGAGCCCAAGAUAUAGAACAUAAUGUGCCGCCCGAAUAUCUGGUCAACGUGGCGAUACGAGACAAACUAGCGAGUCUGACAUUAAAGAAAUACAAAGAUGACCUACUUUUCUUCUUAUUUUAUACAAAUGUCGGUGAUGUGAUGCAAUUAGCAGCCGCUGCAGAACUACAUAGUCGUGAAUGGAGGUAUCAUAUAGAAGAGAAAGUUUGGAUAACACGAAUUCCCGGCGUAAAUCAUUACGAGAAAAAUGGUACAAAAGAGCGAGGAACAUUUUAUUUUUUUGAUGCACAGAACUGGAGACGAGUACCCAAGGAGUUUCAAAUUGAUGCAGAAAAAUUAGAUAAAUGUCCAAAUCUUAAUGCACUAGUGAGCUUAAAUGGACAGCCUGUAUAAUAUUAAUUGAAAAUAAGGAAAAAAAUAAUACAAAAACAAAAAUCGAAAAGAAAAAAAUCCAAAAAAAUAACAAGCAGGAAAAAAUAAAAACCAUUAUUUAAAAAAAAA